AGUUAGGAGGUCGUAAGCGUGGUUCCUGUGUGUACAGUGGCUGUACACUACUUGUAGCUGUUUUUAAGAAGAAUUGUUAAGACAGAGGCCAUGCGCAAUCUUAAACUGCUGAAGAGCCUGCAGUGCGGCAGUCUGCAGGGUUUUGGCAGCCCACAGUGCUUCACAAUACGCUCGGAUACCGGGACGGUACUUGUGGGAUCAGACCGCGGUCUUUCUGAGCUUGAUCCAAGAGGGGAGCAGGUGGUAAACGAGGUAUCCCUCACUUCAGAUAACUAUCUCCCAGAAGAUGGCAGUGGAAUGGUCGUUGGGAUUCAGGAUCUGCCAGACCAGGAGUCAGUCUGUGUGGCAACAGCAACCGGGGAUGUUAUCCUGUGUAACCUGAGCACAAGUCAGCUAGAAUGUGUCGGCAGCGUGGACAGUGGACUUACAGGCAUGAGCUGGAGUCCAGACCAAGAGCUUGUUAUCCUCACUACAGGACAGGAGACCAUAAUCAUGAUGACAAAGGACUUUGAACCGAUUACUGAAGUGAAGAUACAUCAAGAGGACUUCGGUGAAGGAAAGUUUGUCACUGUUGGCUGGGGGAAGAAAGAAACACAGUUCCAUGGAUCAGAGGGCAAGCAAGCUGCCCAGCGCAAACUGACAGAGGUACAGCCCGCUGUGCCCUGGGAUGACCAAAGACAGCGUGUCACUUGGAGGGGAGAUGGCCAGCUUUUUGCAUUGAGUGCUGUAUGUCCAGAGACUGGUGCCCGGAAGGUGAGGGUUUGGAACAGAGAGUGUGUUCUACAGUCUACUAGCGAGAAUGUCAGUGGGCUAGAACAAUCACUUUGCUGGAAACCCUCUGGAAGUCUGAUUGCGUCGACACAGAGGAAACCUAACAAACAUGACGUGGUGUUUUUCGAAAGGAAUGGGCUCCUGCAUGGAGAAUUCACCCUUCCUUUUGGCAAGGAUCAAGUCAUGGUGAAGGAGCUGCUGUGGAACAAUGACUCGACAGUGCUGGCAGUCUGGCUGGAAGAUAUACCCUCGGAUGGAAACAACAAACCAAACACCUAUGUCCAGUUGUGGACAGUAGGGAACUACCAUUGGUAUUUGAAGCAGAGUCUUCAUUUCGGGAAUGCUCCGGAGAGUGCUGUGGUGUCUGUGAGCUGGGAUCCAGAGACUCCCUAUCGCCUGCAUGUCCUGAGCCGUGGAUGGCAGUACCUGUGCUAUGACUGGCACUGGAGCACAGAGUGCAGUACUGGGGAGGACUCUGAGGAUGCUGCUAAUGUGGCUGUUAUAGAUGGAGACAAGGUCCUAGUGACCACGUUCCGACAGUGUGUGAUACCCCCUCCCAUGUGUACCUACGAGCUGCAGCUGCCGUGUGCGGUGAACCAGGUCACCUUCCACCCCGAGCCGGGGAGUACCAACCAGCUAGCUGUGUUCACAGCCGACAACCGCCUCUCCAUCUACAGACACGGCAACGAUACCAAUAAAGAUCCAACAGUUAAAAUCGGAGCAGUCGGGGGAAAUGGGUUUAAAGUUACCACAGCUACUCCUGUACUGGAUAAAACAUACAGUGUUGUGCUUGGGAAGAAGGAUGCCGAGGGGGGCAAUCCUCUACAACUGCACCUUCUGACCUGGCUUAAGGAUGACACUUUCCUGGCUGUGAGUCCUGGAGAGCGGACCUCCCAGUCCUGCAUCCUCCAGCUGGCCCCUACAGGGGCAGAUCACAUGGAAGUCAGGUCGGCUGUUCCGGUAGAUGGUCAUGUGAUCAGUAUUUGUUACAACCAGAAGACCAGGACAGUGGCUAUGCAGCUGGAGGAUGGACAGAUAAUGAGAUACUUAUGGGAGUCUUCAGGGUCACCUGUUGAAGUGUGGCGGAACAGCAGUGGCUGUGUUACACAGUUCCCUCAGCCUUGUGUGCAGACUGCCCUAGGCACUAUCGCAGGGGAGGAGCAGGUUUUAGGACUCACUGACCGAUCUCGCUUUUUUAUCAAUGAUACUGAGAUUGCCUCAAACAUCACCUCCUUUAGACUCUACGAUGAGUUUCUUCUGCUUACAACCCAUUCACAUACUUGCAGGUGCAUACGGUUACAAGAGGUUUCAAUAAAAGGUUUGUUAUCUGCACUGAGCACUGAUGCCAACCAAAAUGAUGAGACAGUCCGCAGAGUAGAGAGAGGGUCUCGAAUUGUCACUGUGGUACCCCAGGACACAAAACUCAUCUUGCAGAUGCCACGAGGGAACCUUGAAACAAUUCACCACCGAGCUCUGGUGCUCGCCCAGGUCAGAAAAUGGUUGGACAGGCUGAUGUUCAAAGAUGCCUUUGACUGUAUGAGGAAGCUCAGGAUUGACCUCAACCUGAUCUGUGACCACAACCCCAAGGUGUUUUUAGAAAAUGUGGAACUGUUCCUGAAGCAGAUAAACUCAGUAAACCAUGUGAACCUGUUCCUAACAGAAUUAAGAGAAGAAGAUGUGACCAAGACAAUGUACCCAUGCCCAUCCUCCAGUGCAGUUCAAACAGCCCCGCAGUUUGAAGGGAAGAAAGUGGACAUUGUCUGUGAUGCACUGAGAGUGGCUAUGGAGAAAAUGGAUCCUAAUAAGCACUGUUUGUCUGUAUUGACUUCAUAUGUGAGAAAAAGUACCCCGCAACUGGAAAUAGCUCUUCAAAAAGUCCACGAAUUAAGAGUAAACCCCCUUGUGGUUCCCGGGGCAGUCAGUGCAGAGGAAGCUCUCAAGUACUUGCUGUUCCUGGUGAAUGUAAAUGAACUCUACGAACACUCUCUGGGAACAUACGACUUUGACCUGGUCAUCAUGGUUGCAGAGAAGUCUCAGAAGGAUCCAAAGGAAUAUCUACCAUUUUUAAAUACCCUGAAGAAAAUGGAAACCAACUACCAGCGAUACACCAUAGAUAAGCAUUUGAAGCGAUACAAAAAGGCUCUUCAUCAUCUUAGCAAAUGUGGUCAAGAACACUUUGCAGAAUUUCUAAAACUGGUAAGGGACCAAAAGUUAUACAACGAAGCCCUAAAGAUGUAUCCAGUUGAGUGCCAAGAGUACAAGGAGGUAUGCUGUGCCUAUGGGGAGUACCUGAGCGAGCAGCAGCACCAGGAGCAGGCUGGCCUCCUCUUCUCUCGCUGUGGGGAGACCCAGAGGGCUCUCGACGCCUUUGUGUCCAGCACCAGCUGGCAGCACGCCUUGUGCAUGGCGGCAAAGCUCGGCUUUCCUGAGGACAAGCUGGCUAAUCUGGCCCGCAGCCUGGCGGAAAAAUUGCUGGAACAAAGACGACAUUCUGAAGCAGCCCUUCUUCUUGAGCAUUAUGCCAAGGACUGUGAGGAAGCCAUCACUGCUCUGAUAGAAGGUGCAACCUGGGAUGAAGCUUUAAGACUGGUUUACUUAUAUAACAGGCAUGAUAUUUUGGAGACAAAUCUAAAACCUGCUUUACUGGAAGCUCACAACAACCAGACGUCAUUUGUUGAGUCUCAGAAGACGAUAUUCGUGCGCCAUAAAAAUCGCUUGGCAGUUGUACGCGAACUGAAAGAGGCGGCCAGGCAGGAACUUCUAGAUUAUGAGAUGCCAGACUGCCCAGACUCUGACCUAUUCUCAGAGGCCAGCAGUGUGAUGACAGCCAGCAACAUGAGUUCCAAGUACUCUCACAGCAAUUCUAAGAUCUCUGCGAGGUCUUCCAAGAAUCGUCGGAAAGCUGAGCGGAAGAAGCACAGCCUGAAGGAGGGCAGCCCACUGGAGGAUGUGGCUCUGCUGCAGGCUCUGGGAGAGAUCGUCCGGUCCGUCAACAAGUUAACAGGAGAGGUGCAUAGCCUGUUGAAAGCUCUGGUUCUUUUCGGAUAUGACAGCCAAGCCCUGAAACUACAACAGACUUUAGAAGAAACAUUGCAACUGAUGGACAAAUCCAUCCCUGAAAUCUGGCAGGUGGGCCUCCAGCAAAACACAGGCACUCCAGUUCUUGGUCCAAAUUCAACAGCUAAUAGCAUAAUGGCCUCAUACCAGCAGCCAAAACCACCUACGCUGCCCCAGCAAGAUACAGAACUUUUCAUUCCCCCAAAAAUGAGCAAGAAUGUCAAGUGGAAGCUGAAUCUUCUGGAGUAGAUAACUCUACCCAUAAUCCUUUUCUGUACAGAACUGCCAACAAUAUUUAUUCUCCCAAAAUGUUAACAUUUUCCAAAUCCAAAAAAAAUCUAAAUAAACGACAGUGUGUAACUGGGUCAAUGACCUAUUUUCUUUUGAUUUCUGUCCCGAAAAAUUGUUUGAAGGACCCAGCAACAUUACUUGAAGAACAUUAGCGGAUUAAUACCUAUUAAUUAAAUCAUUAAAGUUUUAGGUGUGGAGGGAAUUAUAUACCUUUUGUGUCCUUCGAGAUUUAGUACCCCAGAUUUAGAAUUUGAAAUAUAAAUGUUUUUCAUAAAAAAUAACUAUUUGAGUUAACAAGGCAUUGGGAGAAGAGCUUUGCAUGGUCACUGCAAACAUUACAAAAUAACUUAAUAUGGGUAUAAAAUAUCUCAUGUUAUAAUGUGUUCUUCAUGUUUAAACUGAGUUUUUAUGUUAUUUUCUUUUUCAAUAAUCAAAUGCUCUAGACUUUUUAAAACUGAAAAGCAUGCCUGGUGCCUCAGUGGACAGGUUAAUAAUGGUUGCAAUCUGGUAUAACAGCUGAACUUGAGAGCACUGGGGUGCUUUUAAAUGACUCUGUUGUAAAAGGUCACCAAGAUGUGAGUCAGAAAAUGAUAUACCAGUGACAUUUGUUAAAAUAACUGAUAUUUCAGAUCCAUACCAAGUGGCUUGUGGAGUUCAGUCAUACUAGACUGUGAAACGCCACAGUAUCUUCCCAGAGGUGCAUUUUUCACGUGCUGUGACAAUGUGUGUGUAUCUGCAUUACCACAUAAGAUUUUUUAGCCUCCAUGCCCAACUAAACUUUUGAGAUUAGGAUUGCUGUCCAUGGAGGAGUAAGUCAAAAGAAGUCUAUUUUUUAUUUUGUGUGUGUAUGACCCAUGAUCAUCAGGGGCAGUUUUUUUUAAAUGUAAUCUGGAUAAUUG